GCUGUUAUAAGUUGCGUUAAGUUGUUUAAAAGAGCUUCUUAUAUUCGUUAACGUUUAUGAGAGGCAUCAAUUUGAGAUAUUAACUGCAAUCAAUCUGAAUUGAAAAAGCACAACUUUGUUGAAAAUAGACUGGACAGCUCUCUUUAAGGCAUACAUUUUGGAAUAGGAAUGUGGCGUUUGUUUACCAAACGGCAUCGUCGAGGAGAAUCUAAUUCAUCAAUUUCCUCGUCACAAACGUCAACUAGCAAAAGGGAAAAUGCAAAAAGAAAUCAAAAACAAAAUGCAAAAUACCGUGAUUAAUCAACAUUCUCAAGAUACCAAGAUUCCUCACUGAACGAAAAAGUAAUAAAACAUCUCUCUGUCGACGAGGAGCCUGAGAUCGCUCGUUUCAUGAAAGAAAGACUAAAGAAUGAAUUUGAGGCAAUUAAAGCUGGACUUAAAGAGGAGAAUGUUGAAAUUACAAUAUGUGAAAGAUCACUGAAAUAUUCUGGUACAGAGAAAGGAAUCAAAGAGGCAAAAACACGCAUAAUAGAGUUAAAAAAAGAAAUAAGAACGAAAAUAAUACCAUACACAUUACCUGGAGCUUUGAAGUUAUUUUCAAGUGACAUUGGACAAAAAUACUUAAAUCUUGUUCUCAAAGAAAAUACGAAAGUCAUGGCAAUAGUGAUAGACAAACAUGAAGAAAAUGUCGAACCAUUUAAUGUAUGCAAUUUUACAACUAAAGAAGGUCUAGAGGUUUCAUGGAAAUAUGGUGAUCUCGCCAAAGAAAAGGCUGAUGUUUUGGUCAACUCAGCGCUCCCAAAUCUUGGUCAUAAAACUAUGGUAGGACAAGCAUUUAAUGAGAUUGGCGGAAAUUCAUAUGUCGAAGAAUGUGGUAGCCAUACUCACAUUUCCUAUGGGGAUAUAGCAACAACAAAUGCAGGAAAUCUUUCUUGUCAAUUUGUCAUUCAUGCCGUUUGUUGUGAUUGGACACCAGGAGGUAACGCUGAAGAACUGUUCCGAAAUCUUCUGAAAAAAAUUCUUGAGGAAUGCAACCAACGUUCCGCCAAAUCGGUGGCGUUGCCAAUGAUGGGAACGGGUCAACACAACUUUCCUGUAUACGCUGUCUUGCUUAUGAUGAGAGAGGAAUUCAUACGAUUUAGUUCCACGUCUCCACAAACUUCACUGAAGGAAAUCAGAUUGAUAAGAUACGAUUCGGAUGGAACACAAAGACAGACUACAAAUAAUAGCAGCUCCUCUAAUUUGAAGCCGAGUCAUGUUCCCUUUGCAUUUGGUUGUGGUAAAGAGAUCAUAACGCUUCAGAUUAUUGGACGUUCUGAUUACGAAAUUUCUUCAGCAUUGCAAAAUCUCGAAAAGUUCGUCAAUGAAAAUAUCACCACAAUAAAAAUAAGUUAUGAAAAACUCUAUGAUCUAGUUCUAAAACUUUUGGCAGAUAAAUUGUGGAUAGUCCCGAAUAACGUUAGAAUGGAGUUUGAGGAUGAGAAAACGAUUUCUUUUACUGGCUCGAGCAAUGAAGUGAGGAAAGAAAGCAGUUUACUCAAAAAUCAUCUUAGUGAGCUAACCAACGACGAAAUUUUGUCAAUUAAAGUUCCACCAAGUUGGUCACCCCAACCUUCCGAUCAAAUUGUCAAUGUUGUCGGACUGACACAAUCUUCGUCUGAAUAUAUCGAGAUUGAAGAUUACUUUGUGGCUCGAGGAGGAAGAUCUGAUCAAAUUUACGAGAUUCAAAGAAUACAGAACCCUGGGCUUUAUUCUCGGUACCAGACCUUUAAAAAAUCCAUGCGUGGAGAUGUGAAUGAAAUGCGUCUUUUUCAUGGCACUAAUUCAGCGAAUGUUGAAGCAAUAAACUCGAAUAACUUUAGCCGAAGCUAUACAGGAAUCAAUGGAGUAAUGUAUGGCAACGGAGUAUACUUUGCAGGAGUUGCAUCGUACUCACUGGAGUACUCUCUUCGUCAAUGUUCUGCCGGAUCCCAACCAAAGAUGUUCGUUGCCAAGGUUCUAGUUGGAGAGUACACAUCUGGCAUGCAGGGACUAAAGGCACCACCAUCGAGAAAUGAUUCCAGUAAUCCAGGUCUGCUUUAUGAUUCUGUUGUGGAUGACGUGAACAAUCCAACAAUUUUUGUAAUUUUCCAAGAUAGUCAGUGUUAUCCUGAGUAUCUUAUAACAUUAAAUAAGUAAUAGAGUAAUUCAGGGGCGUAGCCAGAGAUAGAAAUGGGUGACAUGUUGUCCCAAUUAUUCAAAAAGACUAAUUUUUUCAUUUUCUGAAUUCAAAGUUUGAAGAAA